AUGGCCAAAGAACAAUCAUCUAUAUCAUUAGAAUACCCAAUUUAUGGGGCUAAAUUUAUAAAUAAUAAAACAGUAUUAGUAAUUGGAGGAGGAGGUGAAGGAUCAAAUGGUAUACCGAAUAAAAUAACUGCAUUAAAAUGUAGUUUUAAAACAAAUCAAAAAAAUAGAAUUAUUCAAAGAUUUAGAGAGAUUCAAUUACCUGCAAAUGAAGAUUCUCCUCAAGUUUUAGAUUUUGUAAAAACUACAAAUUCAUUAAAUGAUGAUGGUACAAGUCAAUCUGAAUAUCAAAUUUUAGUUGGUUGUAAUCAAAGUUCAGAAUUGUUGAAAACUAUGAAUAUAAAUAAUAAUGUAAGAAAAUAUCGAUAUAAUGAUGAAGAACAUUUAAUGUUUGAAGAUGCUGCUCAAUUUGAAGCAGAAUUGGAUGGAGAUACUGAUGAAUAUCCUAAAGUUAUAAAAUUAGCUUCAAAUAAUUCAAUUGGUUGUAUAAUGACGUCAAAAUUACCUUCAACUUUAUAUUUUUUUGAUCCAAGUUUAUUAGAAUUGAAACAUAAAUAUAUAACAAAUGUUGAAAUAAAAGAUUUUGAAUUUAAUAAAGAUGGUUCGAAAUUAUUUUAUAUUACUUCAAAUUCCAUAUUUACUUAUUCCACAGAAACAAAUUCUAUAAUAUCUGAAAAACAUUUUGAAGAUUAUAAAUUAUCAAAAAUAAAAUUAAUCAAUGAUUCUGAAGCAAUAGUGUCGGCAACAUACAAGGGCAAAAGUGCUUAUAUAAUUAAAUUUAGUUUAACAAACAACAAAAUAAUAAAAGAACAAUUAAUAUCAAAAAACAUUAAAAAUAUAGUUGCAUUAGAUAUAUCAAUCCCACAAGAUUUAAUAGCCGUAGCAGGUAAUGAUUUAUCAUUAACAUUAAUACAAUUAUCAAAUUUAAAAACCAUUCAAACAUUCAAAAAAUUACAUCCUUUCGCUAUAACAUGUGUAACUUUCUCCCCAAAUGGUACAAAAUUAGCUACUGGAAGUGCAGCAAAUAUUUUAAAUGUAAUCAGAAUUCCACCAAAAUAUUUAAAUAAAUCAAAAACUUCAAUAUUUGGAAUUAUUGGAACACUAGUUCAAUAUUUAUUUACUAUAAUACUAAUGAUAUUUAUUGCAUUUGGAGUACAAAAAUUACAUGAAGCAGGAAAAUUUAAUGAUUUAAUGAUAUAUACUAAAGAUUAUAGAGAUAUUGGAUCUCAUUAUGGAAAAUUCGCGUAUGAUUAUGCUGAAGAAUAUGGAAAAUUAGCUUAUGAUUAUGCUCAAAAUUAUGGGAAAUUAGCUUAUGAAUAUGCUGAAGAAUAUGGUAAAAGAUAUGGUUCAAAAGCUAAGGAUAUUUAUAAUGAUAAGAUUAAAAAAGCGAAAGAUCAUGAACAAGAUUUUAAAAAUACUUUGAAUGAUAUAGUACAAGAAGUCACUAAGGAUUUUAAAGAAAUCACAAAAGAAGAUUUUGAUAGUGAAACUUUGAAUGAUAUUAAAUUAACUACAUCAAUUUUAUCAACUGAUGUAACUUCAACUUCAAAUUAUAUUUCAACAGAUGCAACAUUUUUCAAUGAAAUUGAACCAGAAUUAGAAAAACCAAUUGAAAUUUUAAAUAAUUCAACUGUAAAUUCUGAACAAGUUGAACAAGAAAUUGAGAAAGAAAGAAAUGAUAGAAACGAAAUAAAUCAAAAUGAAACUGAUUCUCCGGUAGAAGAAAUUGACAUUGAUGUUAAUGAAGAUAUUGAUUCAUCAUAUAAUAAAAUUGAACCAGAAUUGGAACAACCUAUUGAAAUCAUAGAUAGUGCAUCAGCUGAUAUUGAAGAGAUCGAAGCAAAAAUUGAAAAAGAAAGAAAAGAUAGAAUUGAUAAAAAUGUGGAAAAUGACGAAGUUGAAGAUUCUAAUACUUUUAAUAAAGUUGAAUCAGAAAUUGUUGACCCAAUAGAAGUCUUGACUAACAAAAACACAAGUAAUGAAGAGAUUGAUGCAAAAAUCGAAAAGGAAAGACAAGACAGAUUUGAUGAAAAUGAAGCUAAAAAUGAAGAUUCAAAUACUUUUAAUAAAGAUGAAUCUGAAAUCGUUGAUCCAAUCGAAGUAUUAGAUAAUAAAAACACCAGUAAUGAAGAAGUUGAUGCAGAAAUUGAGAAAGAAAAAAAAGAUAGAAAUGAAAUUGAUGAAAAUGUUGAUGAAAAUAUAGCUCAAAAUAUUCCUAAUUAUGAAGCAGCAAAAAUUGAAACUUAUGAAGAUGAUACAAAUACUGAAUUGAAACCAGAAGAUCUUGAAGAAAAAGGAACAGAGUUACAAGACGAUGAGUUUCAAAAUCAAGGUUAUGAUGAUGAUAAAAAUGAAGAAGAAGAAGUUAUUGAAGAAAUUGUUGAAGUUAUUGAAGAAGAUCCAAAUGAUGAGUCAGAAAUUGCUGAAGAAAAUUCCGAGUUUGAAGAUGAUAAUCAAGCUGAUGAUGUUGAAGUGAUUGAAGAAAUUGUUGAAAUUGAAGAAAUUGAAGAAUCUCAAGAUGAAAGUUUACCAAAUGCUGAAGAUGAUGUUUCAAACUCAAGUGUGACCGAUGAAGAGUUAAUUGAAACAGAUACUGACUCAGAACUCCCAUCGGAAGUUACUACAUCAAGUGAAGAAACAAUAGAGACUUCUACUCAAGAAGAAUUCAAAGAAAAUGUAGAAGAAGAAACUGAGGAAGUGAAAUAUACACCAGAAGAUCCAACUCCGAUAGAAUCACAACAUACUGUAGAAGUAUCAGGAACAGGAAGAGAUGAACCAACGUUAAACGAAGAAGAAAUUAAAUCUGAAAUUGAAACUUUUGAAAAUCCAGAAGUUGAGAUUUCCACUCCUUCAACUGAAGCUGUUUCUAUUGAAACUACUGAAAUUGAACCAGCAAAUGAUGAACCAUCUACUAUUGAACCUACUGCAUCCUCAUCCGAAAUUAAUGAGAACAUUGAUAAUUCAUCAGACUUAUUAGGUGAAGAGUCAAUUUCAAUUGAAACAACAAAAAGUACAACUUCAUCAACUACAAUUACUACAUCUAAUUCAAUCAAAACAAGAACCAAAAAAUUUAUAAGAACUAUUAAAAAAACAAAAACUUCAAAACCAACCAAAAAUCCAAUUGAAAAAGAUGAAUUAUAA